UUGGCACCGCUUUGUGCGCGGCGGAUGGGCUGCAGGGGGGCAUGCGACGGGCAAGAAAGGAAAUGCAGUACGCGGACAUAGACUCACCAGCGUCGCGGAUAUGCCCGGGUAGCCGACAAGGAAGCUGCUGUUGGGCGGGCCCGAGAUGCGAACCGUGGCAGGGGCAUUUAACGCAUUCAUCCUGGCGUCAGCGCCCGCGGUUGGCGAGGGCGGGGUGCUGCGUCGGGGGUGGACGGUGUCGUCGUCGUCGUUGAGAAGAGGGAGGAGGAGGAGGAGCGCAGGCGCGGCGGCCGUCGCCGUUCAUGAAGCUGUCACCAGAGGCGGGCCUCGCCGCGACUCGGGGCGGCUGAGACUUGGCUGGGGAUCGGGCGGGUGUGAUGCGUUGUGGUGGAGUUGGCUGGCGGACCUCGAGCUGGUGCAGACUGCGGGCAGGGCAGUGGGAUUCGAGGUGAGGGGUACCCGGCUCUGGCUUUGGACGUCGCAGGGACUUGCUGUCGAUAAGGAUAAGGGAGCUUUGAGCAUUACUGAGGGUGGAUGGGAUUGCCGCCGCCGCUAGACUGAGAGAGAGCGCCGGUGCUUCGCGAUUGAUAUCGUGGCUGCCGUGCAAGUUGCGUGGGCAAUGUUGUCGCCUAGGUAAGGAAGGUAUGCUGUGGCUCUGGCUGGCCCGGUUCGGAUUGUGUGCGGAUUUACCUUGGGAAGGUGGUGAGACGCUGCGCGCGG